GGAAAGUCCAUGAAACUCUUAUCUCCAACAAACCACCAGAACUUUUCCACUGCAGAAGAGAGUGACUCCUGCGUCGCCCAACCCAAACCAUGUGCAGCGGGAAGUGAAUCCGUGUUUCGUGGCCGCACACAGAGGGAGAGUCGUCCCCCACUAGAGAAGCCCAAGGCUUCAGUGGUGCCUACAGCUAAUGGAGUUCAAUCCCACUAUGAACAGCCACUGGCGAAGGAAGUCACCCCUGAAAAGGACACUACAGAACAGUUGAGACCCACGGAGGAGUCUCAGCCUCUAGAGGGACAGGAAGAUUCUGGGCCGUCACAGCUGGCUGGCAAAGAUGAUGCCCCAGGAGCAGAAGAAAAGACAAGCCAUGUGGAGGCUCCACCUUUGAAAGCAAAUGCUGAGUGUGAACCUUUAGGAACAGAAGCUGAGGAUCAGCCUUUGAGGACAGCCAGGGAGAGGGACUCUCCUGGAGCAGGAGAAACUCCUGAAAAUCCACAAACUGCUGGAAUCCUGAAGCUAGAGACAGCAGAGAAUGUUCUAGAAACAGCUGGAGAGCUACAGUCUCAAGCAAUGGAAAAGGAUGAGCAAUCUCAGCUUCCAGAAACAAUUACCAAAGAGAACAACUCUCCAGAAAUAGUAGAAGAAAGUGAGUUACUGGAAACAGUUGAAGACCAGACACUUCCAGAAACAUCGGGAAAAGAUGAGCAGUUGCAAGGUCUAGGAAUUCCCAAAGAGAAUGAGACACCAGCAAUAUCAAAUGGAAGUCACCUUGUGCAAACACCUGUAAUGAAUGAGUCACUCCCUAAACCUCCUGAAGGCUCCAGAAGCAUGGAGAAGAUUCCACCCGAAGGGAUCAUUGGAAUCUUGGAACAUCCAAAGGGAAAUUCAGAGACAGCAGCAAAUGUGGAAAUGGCCAGAGAAAUCCACACAAAUGCAGAGGAAGAGUGUGUUGAAGGUGAGACAGGAGAAAAGGUGGAAACAGAGAUGGAGAAUGAGAAAGCAAGCAGAGGGGCUGAAACAAAAGAGGAGGAAACCGAAGCUGUGGAUCUGUCAGCAGCCCCAUAGAUGGGGUGGUGAAGGAAAGCUGUGCUGUCCUGUUACAAGCUGAGGUUAUGCAUCUCACCUUGCCACAGCUCCAUGUUUUAUAGCAAGACUAUGCUUAGAUAUACACUGCUGGAACCACGAGAAUGAUGUUAGGUUCUUGUCUGUAUUAGUCCAUAAAACUGCUAAGCUGGAGACAGUUUUCUUAGUUACUUAGGAUAAUUAUACACUUAACAGUCAGCGCCAGUAAAAACUGGGACAUUUGAUCGUUGAAGAGUGUAAGAGUGACUCAUUCGUUGUGGCAAUGGAAUAGAAAAAUGAGACCUUGAAAAGAAAGUGUAAACCUUUAGAUCUACAUGGCUAGAGAAAGAAGUGAGUGCACUCUGGGGAACUCACAGUAGUGAAGUCAUAUAGUUGUGAUGAUGAUGGAAUAAAAAUGAAAACCAUCAAAAAUCAUAGGAUAACAUAUUCCUAUGAUUUCUGGCAUGUCAUAGUUAAUAGGAACCUUUUGAGCUUUAAUCUAAUUACUUUCUCUCUAUAAGGCUACCCAAUACUAGAUUCCCAGACAGCAAGGUAUAAUAAAUGCUUUCAUUUUGGUGCUGAUAGAUUAGGCCUCUUUCACCAUGAAAGGCUCCACAUUUUCCAUGUGCCAUUUGAGACAGCUAGUGGUUUUACUUACAUUAGGCAUUUCAAAUGUUAUCCAUUUGACUAACAUUAAAAGAAUUUUAAAUGAAUUGAUUUUGAAUGUAGUACAGAGGCAACAAGUGGCCACAUUAAGUCCUAGAUGUAUUGUCCACACAGAGUCUUCUGAGCCCUAUUCUUUUUUAGAUGACUGCAAUUUAGUGUUAGGUUU